AUGGAGUUGGAGUUCUUCGAUCAGUUUGGGUUUUCGCAUCGGAAGGAGGUUCGCGACGGCGAGGGCGCUGACGGUGAGAACGCCGUGCAGGGGAUCUACGAGGGGUUGCAGGACAACCAGGCCAAGAACAUGAUCGUCGGCGAGGCCGCGGCCCCGCGGGUGCAGUUGCCUCUGGGAGCAAUCUCCGUCGAAGGGAGUGCGAGCCCCAGCUUUGCGAAGGGUUCUGAGACGGCGAGCCAGGCGCCAGCUGGUGACGAAGACGAGGACGAGGAAGCGGAGGAGUGCGCCAGCGGCUUCGACGGCUUGUUCGACGUCGUGAUGGAGGAUGCCGCCGCUGGCCCCAGCGCCGGCAGCGCAGGGCGGCGCGCGGGCAGCGAGGGCGCUGGCGGCCAGGCCAAGCCAAAGGCCAAGGCGAAAGGGAAAGCUGCCGCAACUGACGCCAACAGACAGGUGGCCAAGUUGAAUGAGCUUUGUGCGGAGGUCAACCGCUCUCAGCCGGCUCACAUCAUAUGUCUUGACAAGAAACACUUCAAGGCGGUCAAGUCGAUCACGGAUAGCCUGCUCGCAAAGGUCAAGAUGCUGAAGAAGAGGGAGCUCCAGAAUAGCAUCAACAUCUGCCUGAAGAAGACGGAGGUCAAUAACAGGGUGAUCAAGGCUUACAAAUGGUGGGUCAAGAAGGGGGACAACCAGGAGUUCAUGAAAGAGCAUGCGGGUAUCGUCAAGUUUGCAAGUGAGCACCCUUCCUUUGAGCUUGAGUUGCCGCUGUGCGUCGAGCAGGGCAUCGUGGAGAUGAAGUUCAUCAUGGGGCUCGUCGAGGAUGCUGUUGCUGGGAAUCAUGCCAGCAUGGCGGAGCGCGUCGGCGACGCCUUGCUGGCCAUAAUCUCUCAUCAGAACGUCAAGCCGCCGAAGGACAUCCCGACUCAUGUGUCUUGGCUCAGGUGCUUCCUACUCUCGUCCUCGGAUGCUGCCGAGUUCGAUCUUGAAGAGUCUGUCAAGUCGCCUGUGCAGCUCAUUCGGGCGGCUUUCAACUUGGACAGCGUGCACGCUGCAGCGAGCAAGGUCAAUGACGCCGUGCUGGAGAUCGGCAGGAGUUCCGACGGAAUCCUCAAGACCAUUUCUGCGACUGGCGCCGGUUCGAAGAUGCUGAGGUUCAUGACGGAGGCUGCCGGGGCGGCCAGCGACAAGCAGCAGAGCCGCUCUCGCGUCGCUUCUCUGCUGAGCUCGGGCACGUGCUCGAUCGACGCGAUCGCCCGCUUGGACGCCGAGCUCGCCGCUUACCAGUUCGAGGACGACGAGAAUGUGGCAAAGUUCUUUUCCCUCUUCCGCAACUGCAUCAAGAAGACCUGCGACGUCUUGGACUAUUUCAUGGGGCUCCUGCUCCAGGGUGACAAGGAGAAAGAGCCACCAGCAGGCGCCUUGGAAUCGGAUGUCGUCGGCCCUCUCAAAGCCCUGCAGGACACGCGCAUCAUGGCGCUUCGGGGCGACGGAACCUUGGACAAACCAUUGCUUGAGAGUCUGAUAGUCGUCAGCCGGGCUCGGGUGGCGGAGGUCGCUCGCGGGGCCAUCAGGGACGACGACGUGGCUGUCUUGGAGGACUUGGCCUCGGCCGUGGCCCACGCCAACAAGUUCUCGUCUACCUACGCAGCUUUCGCGCAGGAGCACGGUCUCAAUGUGUCCUCUUGCGUCGAAUUCGGGAAGAUGGGGAUGCAGUUGCUCGGUCGCCACGAGGGGCGGUGCGUCGGCCCGAAGAUGACGGAGAUCAUGGCCGUGAUGAUGCACGACCAACAGUACUGGCAGGAGUUGAAGGAUAACCCAGACAAAGACGACGCCGUCUUUCUCGUGGGGGGCUCUUGCAGCGGUGAGGCCGUGACUCAGCUGUCCGCCAUGCAGCUGACCGUCAAGGGGAGCAUGGUUUCUAUUUCAGGCCUCGUGGACGAGACCUCGACGCUGUUGCGCGCUCUCGGUAAGGUCCGUUUGGCGACAGCUCUGAACGCAUCCUGGCGCCUCUUCGCAUUGCGUUUAGCUUUCGCGCGUCAUGCCCAGCUUGUCAAGGAUGCGGACCUGUCCAAGCACGCGUUCCUUGAGACCGAUAUCGUGCCCUCGUGGUUCUCUUUGUGCAACUGUGUAUCCAAGAUCACCGCGGCGCAGGGCUCCGCUGAGUUCGAGUUCAGCUUCGAUGACGUGGACGCCAUGAUCACCUUGGGGCUACCAGGCAUCGCGAAGAAGCAGAUGCUCAAGGAGAUCGCAGCAGCCGUCCAGUUUGCUUCGGAGCAGAUCCAGAGCACGGCGGCGUCGGUUGCAGCCGCUCUGCAGCGCUCGGCGGAGAGCCUGCUUAGCAGAAUUCCCAAGUACGAGGAGUACGCCGUCAGGGUCUGGAACACCGAGGAGGUUCAGAGCAAGCUUCUGGAUACUUCGUGGGACUCCUUCGCCGAGUCGUGGGUCGGGCUGUCCAAGCUUGCCAACGUGGCGAAGAGCCUGGAUCACGCGGUGGGCGGUGGAUCCUUCGCUACCAGGUAUUCUGGAGCGAUCUCGGCAGCAAGCCGCAGUUUGUCUGCCGGCCGCACUUUCAUCGCCGUGGUGAGCACUUCCAAGCUGAUCCUCACGACGCUCCCCCGCACGCCGAAGGGCGAACGUUUGGCCCUCCUCGAGUCCCAUAAGGCCAAGUCGCAUGCCUCGAACUUGCCACAGAACCUCGCGGAUUACAUCAAUGGUGAGAUCGGGAAGCUCAAGAAGGCGCGCAGCUAG